GUAGUCCAAGAGAAGGUGAUCAAUAGCUCGUUGCUGGCAGUGCCCCGUUUCAGUUCAGUCCAGCCAGCAUCCGCUUGUACUCGUGGUUGCCUGGCGCUACUACAAACAUCUUACAGUUCAUCUUCAAGAUCUUCGGUCCGUGAGGGGCUUCUCGACUUGUAGCAGCAGCAUCUUGGCCAGUUCUCCUCCAAGGAUGAAGUGGAUGGCGAUAAUGUUUGCAGCACUGGUGCUGGUCACUCUAGCUAUGGCUGAAGGUGAAAUAUGGGAGGAGGAUGACCAUGAGGUACUGAUCCGCAGCGAGAGGGGAGCUAAGAAGAGAGACCCUUGUCGCUAUGUGAAGGGCACGUGGUCAGACUGUGAUCCAAAGACAAACAUGAGGUCUCGUAUUCUCACCCUGAAGAAAGGAGACCAAAACACUUGUGAGCAGACAAAAACAAUCCAGAAGAAGUGCAAGAAAGCAUGCCGAUAUGAGAAGGGGUCAUGGAGUGAGUGCUCAUCCCAAAACCAAAUGACAAGGAGUGACAGCUUAAAGGCUAACAGCGACCCCUCAUGUGAACAGAGCCGACAGAUCACUAAGAAGUGUAAAAAUAAGGGAGCUAAGAGCAGCAAAGGUGGACAACGCAACAGAGAGUAAUCCCAGAUGAGUAAGGGUCCAGAACUGUAUCAACAUUGUUCUAGCUUAUUGAAAGAGUAAACAUUUCAUCAUACUUCAUUCGGGUCCUGAGUUUCCAGUUUUCACCAGCAAGCAAUCAGCGCCAUGAACAACAUCAUGAAGUCAGAAGAGUAUACUUCUGACACUAAGAAGAAGGAAAGUCCAGGAACAUUAGGAAUCUGAUUUGUUCACCACAUGUUUAAUAUAAAACCAUUACAUAUAGUCACUAGGACUUCCAAAAAAUAUUUCUAUGUUCAUCACCUUUAUAUAUUCUUCUCCAACUGUUGAAAAUGCAUAUGUGGAAUAGGACCCAGAAAAUGGACUAACUUACUUGCUAGUACCAUGAGUAUUGCCAGUGUUCUGGAACUAUCAGCAGUGAUCAGCUCAUUUGACUUCAACCUUGCAGCAAAUUACACAGGGGUUGUUGUGUAUAGAUUGGUCUAGAGAAGUAAUUUUGGAUGUUUACAACAUUGUGUGCAUUUAUCUUAUUAUAUUAAUUAUUCACAAAUGAAUAAAGUGUUUCUUAAAUAAUUCCAAAGAAUCCUACUAGUUAAAAUUCAGUAAAACUUCUCAAUCCCAAGUUUUAAUUUUCCAUAUUUUUAAAUGUUGUAAAUGUUUGUGUGUAUCCCUGAGACCUCUAACAAUUUUAAAAAGAGUGCAAAAAUAAAUCCUAAAAAAGAGCAUCCAUAUUUUAUAGUUAAAUCACGUUUUCCUCACUGAGAUUCAUGUAAUAAUAUGCCUGGUAGAAUAUCCUAUCUAGAAAUCUAUACUUAGCACAACAACUUGUGCUGCAGCAUUGUCCUUGAUUAUUACACUAACACAGUUGGGCCAGAAAAAUGAAUCUGGUGUUUUAACAUUUAAUUCUAAAUGCAGAAAAAAGAGAACAUUUUAAAAUUUUAUUAUAUUGUAAGACCAUCAUACUAAAAUGUCUCAGUUUUUGAACUUCUGGUGUGCUGUAGCACAUGUAACACUGUAAAAUGUAUUAGUAUCAUAAUCAUAUAGAAGGGGGUUAAAUAUGGGGUACAAAAUGUUUUGAUGGAUUCAAAUUGUAAUUGUAACAAAAAUUCAGUAAAAUAAAGAUGAAAUUUUAAAGCUA